AUGCUUGAUGAAUAUCGUAGUCGAGCAUCGUUUUGUAUUGAACAAAUGCGAAAUAUAUUCGAAGAUGAAACAUCACAAGAAUAUCGAAAUAAACUUUGGUCAAUAUUAAAUUCAAAUUCAAUAUUUCAUCAAACACAAUAUCCACUUUCAAUUGAAGAAUAUCGACAUAUAACUUAUCGUCGUUAUAAAGAAUUAAUUAAAUUAAAUUUAUUAACAGAUGAUGAAUUAUUUGAAAAUCCACGUUUUAAAAUAAUUCUUGAACAAUGUUUAACUAUGUACGAUUCAUCAUGUCAUGCAAAAUAUGGACUACAUAUAACAGUAUUUCGUGAAACAAUACGUAAAUUAGGUACACAACGACAUGAAUAUUUACUUGAUUUAGAUAAACAUGAACAAAUUUUUGGAUGUUUUGCAUUAACUGAAUUAUCUCAUGGUAGUAAUACAAAAGAAAUGAGAACAACAGCUAUAUAUGAUUCAUCAACUCAAAAAUUUAUAUUAAAUACACCUGAUAUUGAAGCAAUGAAAUUUUGGGUUGGAAAUUUGGGUUAUCAUGCAACACAUGCUAUUGUUUAUGCUCAACUUUAUACGAAUAAUAUAUGUUAUGGUCUUCAUUUAUUUGUUGUUCCUAUUCGUGAUCCAUUAACAUAUAAAACAUUUGAUGGUGUUGAAGCUGGUGAUAUUGGAGGAAAAUGUGGAUGGAAUGGACUUGAUAAUGGAUUUUUAAUCUUUCGAAAUUAUCGUAUUCGACGAGAAAAUUUACUUAAUAAACAUGGUGAUGUUUUACCUGAUGGAACUUAUAAAACUCCAUUUAAAUCAUCAAAUAAACGAUUUGGUGCAAGUCUUGGUGCUCUUUCAUCAGGUCGUGUUGGUAUAAGUAGUAUGGCUAUUGGUUUAUUAAUUAAAUGUAUAACAAUUGCUGUUCGAUAUUCAUGUGUUAGAAAACAAUUUGGACCAUCAUCUGGUAUAGAAAUUCCUGUAAUUGAAUAUCAAACACAAAAUUGGCGUUUAGUUCCAAUAGUUGCAUCACUGUAUAUUUAUCGAAAUUUAGCAUUAUCUGUAUUUGAUAAUUUAACUGAAUUUUAUGUAUUAUCAAUGUCAUCAGAUGAAAAUGAUCGAGAUUUACUUGCUGAUAUGGGUAGAGAGAUUCAUGCCUUAUCAUGUACAUGUAAAGCUAUAUGUACAUGGAAUACACAAAAAGCGUGUCAAGAAUGUCGAGAAGCAUGUGGCGGUCAUGGUUAUUUAUAUGCUAGUGGUUUUGGUAUUAUAAGAGAUGAUAAUGAUCCAUCGUGUACAUUUGAAGGAGAUAAUAAUGUUUUAUUACAACAAGGAGCAAAUUAUAUUUUAUCGAAUUAUGAAGAUUUAUAUAAGAAAAAUUUAUCGAUUAAUAGUCCAUUUCAUAGUGCUGAUUUUCUAGAAAAAAUAAAAACUAUUCUUCAAAAUAAUCAAUGUUCAAUUACAUCGGAAUGUCAUCUAAAAGAUUUACUUGAUGCUAUCGAUUGGCUUUUAUGUUAUAUUGUGGAUAAAUCUAUUCGAAAACUUGAUCAAUUAAUAUUAACAACAAAUCUAUCAUCAUUUGAUUUAAAAAAUAUAACACAAAUUUAUCAUCUUCGAACAUUAUCAAUUAUUUAUAUUCAACAUACAGCUAUUAUACGUUUUGUACAAUUUCUUAAAUUAAACAAUGAUAUGGAUGAAAAAUGUAAACAAAUUCUUGAAAAAUUAUUAAUUGUACAUAUAUUAAAAUUAUUUGAAGAAUAUAUAGGAAUAUUAUUCGAAGGAAAUUAUAUUAAAAAUGUUCAUAUUAAUCAAUGGAUACAAAUACGUUUAUUAGAUUUAUGUCAUGAAUUACGUAAUGAAAUUCUUGCAUUAGUUGAUGUAUUUGCACCACCUGAUCAUAUACUUAAUUCAGUAUUAGGAAAUAGUAAUGGUCAAGUAUAUGAAGCUAUUAAUAAAAUGAUUCAUAAUAAUAAACAAACAUUUAUAAUACCAAUAUGGUUAAAAAAUGAUUUAAUUGAAAAAAGUAAACUUUAA